CACACGAAAAUUCGCUUCCUACCGCGCAAGGUCCGCUGGUAAAAAAAAAAAGCCAAAACGCGUACAGGCAUUCGGUAUAAAAAAUCAGAAGUGAAUUUGGUCAAAAAAAAAAACCGAUAAAACGACAGGACAAGUUCUCGUCUAAUUAAAAAAAAAAAACAAAAAGAAAACAAAAGAAGAAUUAACGAAAAUGAAAUUACUACUCGCCGUUUUACUAGUGGCCGCGGUCGCUGCCGCCCAGACGAUCGACGAAUGUCUUCAGCAGGACAGCAUAUCGUGCGUUCAGAAGAGCCUCUACCGUCGUGCCAAGGAUUUCUUCGGUCAGGAUAAACUCGAGAUUGUGCGCGGUGUUAACUUGAUCAAAUCGAAGGAUUCGCGUUCGGCGAAAACCGGCGACGACGUCGUUUACGACCAGGAAAUCGAGACGAAAACCACCGUAGCCGAGCGACAAACUACGCUCGAAAAUUUCGUGACAGACAAGAUCAGCGGUUUCGUCAGCGGACGCAGUCUGCAGAUCAAUUUCUCGCCGAUGAUCGAGGAAUUCAGCAACUCCGCCCGCGCUCUGUCGAGCUCCGUGCCCGACGAGAUUCGUCAAGCCGUCGACGAGGUCGUUGAAGGUCGUGGAAAGAAGAAGAUCCUGAAGUCUAUCCUCCCCCUCUUGUUGGCCGCGAAAGUGAAAAUCGGCGCCCUCGCCGUCCUCGCCUACUUCGGACUCGCUCUGAUCGCCAAAAAGGCUAUUCUUGCCUCCCUCAUCUCGAUAGCGAUUUCCGCAUUCGUCGGUCUCAAGUCCCUAUUCUCCGGUCACGGACACGGACACGGACACGAGCACGAGCACGGUCACGGUUCACCGACUGCCUACAACGCCGGCGGUUGGUCCUCGGGCGGUAACACCGGUGGAUGGUCGUCGGGCGGCAGCGGAGGCGGAUGGUCCUCCGGUGGUUCUUCCGGUUGGGACGAUCGCAACUCGAACUACGCCGCCCAGAACCAGGCCUACUCCGGAUACCAGCAUUAAUUCAUCGAUUUCGAGCGUGGCGAGGUGAACGACCUUGAACUCUUCGGAGAUUUUCGGUCCGUCACCCUGUCUCCAGAGAAUCCAUAGCCGAUCGCGAGCUGCACCGAAGAUCUCGACGGGGGUCCGACCGACGGUGGCUUCUCCUUUUCUUUCGGACGAGGUGACCAAUUUCAUCUUGCGGAAGAAUUAGAAGGGGGGAAAAAAAAAAAAACAAAAACAAUGCCACCGUAACAUUCGAAUCACCCGGAGAUGUAAUAUUAUUUAUUUUAAUAAUUUAUAUAAUUUAUGUAUAUACUAUAUAUGUAUAAUAACUGAACUGGACAAACAAUCUAUAUACAUACGUAUACAUUUCUGUGUAUAUAUAUAUAUAUAUAUAAUUUUUUUUUAAUUCUUUAUAUAAAAAAAAAAAGAAAAAGAAAAAUCAAACGAUGAUCGCUAGUCGCCGUAUUGUUUUCGAAACGGUUUCGUUUCGAUUGUACUCUUCCAUUUUCAAAGUCACAUUUGCACAACACGUUACCAACAACAACAACAACAACAACCAGCUCGUCCACCGUGGUAACAUCACACGAAAUAUUAUACAUGCGAAACCAAAUAAAGUGUUCUUUUUGUUUCUAAA